CUGAUUUUUAAUGUCGACAUUGGUUCAUAAAACGACACAGUUUUAACCCUUCUCUGUCUCUUACGUUUCUCAGCGCCAUUGAUUCUUCGAUCUCAGCAAAACUUUCGCCGGAAAACUGAUUUCAAAUCGGGAAAGACUUAACUGUGCAAUCGGAUACGGCGAGAUGAAGAUUGAUCUGAACAAGGUGGCUCGUAAAAUCGAAGUCGAUAAUCGUAUCCCUCUUCGUAAUUACUACCGUAUCGCCGAUAAUCUCCUCCGACAGGCCAGUAUAUAUCGGGAAGAGAAGAAUGUGGUGGAUUUGUAUAUCAUGCUUCUUAGAUAUUCAAGUUUGAUUUCUGAAACAAUUCCUUUCCAUCGAGAUUACCAGGCAUCGCUUCCACAAGAAAGACUUGGGAGUAGGAAGAGGUUGCGUGCUGUAAUCAAUGAGCUCGAGUCUCUGAAACCGGAAUUCAACCGGCUAGUUGAUAAGCUGAACAGAGUUGAGGAUGAAUCCCGUCUGGUUGGAAGUGAUCUCCCGAUUGUUUCAUAUAGUUCAGAUGCUGUUGAGUGGCCUCCUGCUCAUAAAGCUUCAUACUCCGGACCUGAUAUUAACAAGCCCUUACCAACAUCUCAACCAUCCUGGACGUAUAACAAUAAUCUGACAUCAUCUUCAAAUCGUACACAGAUCGAUCAGCAAUUCCAGAAGCUAUCUUUUGAUUUUCUGCCUCCAAACCAAGCAACCUUGUCAAGGCAUUCAUUUCUAGGUCCGAAUGGUCUUAAAAGUCAAUGGGUUGCACCCAAGUCGGAGAUAAAGGUUCAAUAUCCGAGUAAUACGGAUUGGGGUUCUGCAGACAAUUCUGGUUUAAUUGAAGCUGGACCAAGCGGUUCCUCAGCAUCACAUAAUGGUGAUUCUCAAGAAGUCUCAACGCUGAACUCUGUGCUCUCCUUAGAUGAUGGUCGAUGGCAGCAACAUUCUGAGGCAGUAAAUUCCCAGUUUAUUAGUGAUGCAACUGAAGACCCGUUUCAGUUUGUCGGUAUGAAGCAACCUUCCCCUCCUCCCGUGCUUGCCCAAGUGCAUCAAGAGUUAGCCCAAAUUUGCCCAUCUAAAGUUGCUGAUCCUAGACCAGGACCUGCAAUUCCUUCUCUAGAAGGAAAAGAGGGUAGCAAUUCUUAUCAGCAUUUGCAUGUGCCCGUGCGCAUAAUGGAUGAUUUCCUAAGGCUAGCUCGGUCAAACACAGAAAGGAAUUUAGAAACUUGUGGAGUACUUGCUGGCUCUCUGAAAAACAGGGUUUUUCAUAUCACUACUCUCAUAAUCCCAAAGCAGGAGUCUACCUCAGAUUCUUGCCAAACACUAAACGAGAGAAAUAUUCGAAGUACAGGACAGACUCUCUCUAUUUCCCUUGGGUUGGAUUCAUACACAUCCUACACAAACUUGCUUCAUGUCAUCAGUUGAUCUUCACACACACUACUCAUAUCAGAUAAUGCUACCGGAGGCAGUGGCAAUCGUAAUGGCUCCAACAGACGAAUCAACACCUCACGGAAUAUUCCAUCUCUCUGACCCAUCAGGCGUAUCAG